GGAGGAGGUCUUCAUGAUGGUAGUUGCAUGUGAGGGCGUGUCUGAGGACUGCGGCCGGCAGAAGCAGCAGCACCAACCGCCACCACCACCGCGACAACCAUGGAAGAGGUGGAGGGCACGCCGGACCCAGCCUUUGUAGACGUGGACCAGGGCUUGACUCUGGCCUGCGUGGCCUUCCUCUGCAUCCUGCUGGUGGCCAUGAUCAUCCGCUGUGCCAAGGUGAUCGUGGACCCCUACAGCGCCAUCCCCACCUCCACCUGGGAGGAGCAGCUCUUGGAUGACUGAACCACGGGACACGACGGAGGAGGCGGUGCACGGGGUUGUGUCUUCACAGAAGGACCACGGUGUCCAGACGGCCAAGGAGGCCACCUUCAUGACCAAGUUCUCCCAACGCAUCCCCGAUUUACACAACCCGACUGAGGCACAGUGGAGCAAACAUUCCUCCACCAACCCACUGAGAGAAGCACACAGCCUAUUAGUGAGGUUCGGAGCUACCCCACAGACACCAUGGAGCGGCCAUGUGUUCCUGGAAAGCCACACAACAUGAACGAUGGCUCAGAGAUGGCCUCGGUGUGGAGCAGGUUGCAGUCCUGACAGGAGCACUGCGGUGAAGAAUGCACUUCCCCUUUAAGAGCUGGUCCAAAUGCUGGAGAAAACCCACCGGGAACCAUCCAAGCGAGUCCGAGUGAAUUAUGAGCCAAUGUCAAUGCCAUGGCUCUCUUUCCCUGAGAAACAGAAACAUGGGCAUUACGUCAUAUGUUUGAAAAGCCCUGCAACGUUUUUUAUUGUGUAAUUAUUGCCUGUUUUGUGAUGCUGUAGGAUGACAUAAUUCAAUAGUUGAAGGAGUUGGCUAGCCGCUGUGAAAGGGGUGUGCGUGCCAAGCUCUCCUUGUGCCUCUGGGGAACGUUUUUGUACAUUUUUUUAGAAAGGAAUGAGGACCUUAUACCGACGAGCAUUCCUCAGUGUCUCGGAAGACUAAGCAGAACAUUAGCACUGGGACAAUCUCUGCAUCGACGUCCAUGCUUGAACACGUACAGCCAGUUGCAGGAACGCAUGUUAUAGCUGAGAGAAAUGAUAAUGUUCCUCAAUUCAUUAUUACACACACACAGACACACACA